AUGUCAUUUGAACAGAUCCAACUUCCCACUCCAACCGAUACACCCAGGGCAAUGGAUCAAGACGAGCCCUCACCCACUUCAUAUGCUCAUAACUCAAGUACAUGGACUCCAGUGGAUACCAUGACUCCAAUCUCUACAAAUCCAUCCAGGAAACGGUCGCGGGACGAGACUGCAUUCGAUUUUGAGACGGAUGGUUCCUACUUCACCUCUGCUGAUGCCCCAGCUCCAAUACCCGAAGAAGAACCAAUCUAUGGCGAGGGCAUGGUUCUAUUGAAUCCUAAGACCGGACUCGCUGUAUCUGCGGAGAGUCAGACUGGGACUUGGUACGAGGAAGAGGCAGAGAAAACUGCUUUGCUAGAAGAAGUGGUCGCAGCCAACUUCAGACCCAAACUACCGACAAGUCGAAAAUCCGUGCGUCUUUCUCAGAAUUCCAUCCGCAUUCCAUUCGACACGCUUUCGGGUGCUGCACCCGCUAGCCCUCCCAAAACCGCGGUAGAACGUCCCGAGUGCGACGAGGCCACAAUAGCGCUGGGGAUUGGCUGGACCAAGAUCGCCUCUGAAGAUGAUGCCAUUCAAGCUGCUGCUAGGGGGUGGGCGCGCUACUUGGACAAUCACUACGCAAGGCAUAUUCACGGUGCCCAAAUCCUGCUCAAAAGCUCUGGGCUGAAUGCUUACCUCGUGGGAAGCCAGGAGGGCUAUUUUUUGUUCAGCGAGGAUCUCUUAGAAGGGAAGCUGGUUGGUCGAACAUGGGAGACCUGCCUACAAAACUUGAAGUCUCAACCGAUGGAAUUUGAAGGGGAGGAAGUUUUGAAAGCCGAACGAACCCCAGGACCAGAGACUGUGCUGCCUCAGCUGCCUCAGCGAAACAUUAUGGAGACAUGGGCCGAUCAUAAUUCCUUGCAUCAUGCGCAACCGGUUGGUGUCACUGCUCAUGGCGGUAUGGAUCUGGAUUAA